GCGGGCCCGGCUGCGGCUGAGUCUCGUGAGGAGGCGGAGGAACUAGGGCGGACUAUGGAGGCGAGCCGGCGUUAUCGGCCGCACUCACUGGACGGGAGCAACCGUCGCCAAUACCACCGGUUCCGGCACGCGGGCCUCUGAGGGGGGAAGAGCUCGCCGCGCGGAAGCUGUAUUUCCCCCAGCUGAAGUUCCUUUACUUCCACCAUGGAGACAGAACAAGAAAACGUUUGUAUCAGUAAAGAUGAUGAGAGCUCUGAAUCUGCUUUUCAUUGCUCAGCAUGUCAUGAUGAUGAGGAUUGGAGCUGUGCUAACCCUAUCCGGGGUCGGGCUAAGACCCGCAGUUUGUCUGCUUCACCAGCCCUUGGAAGCACCAAAGAAUUCAGGAGGACACGCUCCUUGCAUGGACCAUGCCCAGUGACCACAUUUGGACCAAAGGCAUGUAUGCUGCAAAACCCUAAAACUAUAAUGCAUAUUCAGGACCCAGCAAGUCAGCGGUUGACAUGGAACAAACCUCCAAAGAGUGUCCUUGUUAUCAAAAAGAUUCGCGAUGCCAGUCUGCUCCAGCCUUUUAAAGAACUCUGUGUAUAUCUUACUGAGGAGAACAACAUGAUAGUUUAUGUAGAAAAAAAAGUGCUAGAAGACCCAGCCAUAGUUAAUGAUGAUAAUUUUGGACCAGUGAAGAAGAAAUUUUGCACUUUCAGAGAAGAUUAUGAUGAUAUCUCCAAUCAGAUAGACUUUAUCAUAUGCCUGGGAGGAGAUGGUACCUUGCUUUAUGCUUCUUCACUUUUUCAGGGUAGCGUACCUCCAGUUAUGGCUUUUCAUCUGGGAUCUCUUGGAUUUCUUGCCCCCUUUAACUUUGAGAACUUUCAGUCCCAAGUUACUCAAGUUAUAGAAGGCAAUGCAGCGCUUGUUCUCCGGAGCAGACUGAAAGUGAAAGUAGUAAAGGAACACAGAGAGAAGAAGACAUUGAUACAAAAUGGUAUUGAAGAAAAUGGAGUGAUCUCUACAAGUCUAGAGAUGGAAAUGGGCAAGCACAUCAUGCAAUAUCAGGUCCUAAAUGAAGUUGUUGUGGAUCGAGGUCCUUCCUCCUACCUUUCCAAUGUGGAUGUUUUUCUAGAUGGACAUCUCAUAACCACAGUUCAAGGUGACGGCGUGAUCGUCUCCACACCAACUGGUAGCACAGCUUAUGCGGCUGCAGCGGGAGCAUCAAUGAUUCAUCCAAAUGUUCCUGCAAUAAUGAUCACCCCAAUCUGCCCUCACUCACUGUCCUUCAGACCCAUUGUUGUUCCUGCAGGAGUUGAGCUCAAGAUCAUGCUGUCCCCUGAUGCCAGGAACACAGCAUGGGUUUCAUUUGAUGGGAGGAAGAGACAGGAAGUCUGCCAUGGAGACAGUAUUAGCAUCACUACCUCUUGCUAUCCCCUCCCUUCGAUCUGUUUCCGAGAUCCUGUGAGUGACUGGUUUGAAAGCCUGGCUGAGUGUUUACACUGGAAUGUUCGGAAGAAGCAAAAUCACUUUGCUGUUGAAGAAGAAUUUUGAAUGUCGACACCUAAUGAGACGCAUGGGAACUUAAAAUGGCAGUAUCCCUUGUAUAAAAAUGUUUGUUCAGCCUAGGGGGAAUAGACCAAUACAUAUAUUUUUAAAUAGUGAUGUACCUCACUCCUAUCAGUCUGCUCUGCUGAUGACCAGAAAUUAUCAUGUUGCUUCCUGUCUCCUGAGAAUAGGAGUGGAAGAAUUUAGUAUCUGAUUUUUUUUAAAUUUAUAAUGGAUUGGUAUUUUUAAUCAAUAUCAACACACAGAUCUACAAACCACCUCAAACACAAUUGUAACAAGUAAUUUGCAGACUAGCAUUAUAGGUUGUACCCAGAUACAUAAUAGAAAAAUGGCGUUAAAAUAUUCGUUAAUUUGGUAGAUUUGUAAUUCCGUGGUUAAGACUUCUCAUCUAAAACUCAAAGGAUUUUUUCUUUUUAAAAUGCUCUUUGUUAACUUAAAUGAAUGCAUGGUAGUCAAAAUGUCUUCCCAUCAGGUGAACUACUUAAAUAUUUUGCCUUUCCAUAAAAAUAUAGCAACAAUUAGGGGAAAGAACCACUAUACAGAUGCUCUUCAGAUACAACUUACUAUCAAAAAUAGAGAUAGUUUUGUAAGUAUUGAGAACCCUUUUUCUUUCUGUCCAUUUGAACUAACAUCAUUUAGGGUCCCCAUAGGCAGCAUUGACAACUGCCUGGGUGAACAAACUGGUAAAGUGGCAUACUUUUUUGUUGAUGAGCUAAUUAUGCCUGAGCAGUUCCCUGCUUUUUGAGCAUGUUUGUGACCCUUAGAAAAGGUUUGGGUUUUUUCUUCUCUCUUUUUAACCCUUUGGGAUAAGCAGCAGCAUUUGAGGUUGUAAACUACAGAUUUUUCAUCAAGUGCUCAUUGUUGACUCAACAAGCAGAGUCUCUUCUAGGAUGGCUGUAUUGUUAUUCUUUUGAACCACUAAUUACGUUAGUCUCACAUUCUGUAUUAGGAUCUGAAUGCUCUUCAUGCCCAUUGAAGAUAAGUGUGCUCCUUUCAGGAUUUAAUUUUGAGUAGGGAGAAAAGGGAUACUGCACUGAUAGGCUGAUCAGAAACAGGACACAUUCCCAGCAUAGUAGCGAUGGUGCCUUCAGCACACUUCAAGAUAUUUUAAGUCUUGUAUGUACUUUUUUAAGAGUCUUUCAAAUGUUUCUAACCUGUUUAUGUACAUAUUUUAUUGUACAUGCUUUUAUGAAAACAAGUAGUUUGAAAAAAGGGUUUGUACUGCAAUCACUUUUACUAAAAAUCAAACUCAGUUAUAAUGUUUACAUUUAUGUUCUCUGUGGUGCAGUCUCUCAUAACCAUAUUGUUCAAAUCCUAGCAUCUUCAUGUAUCUCUGCAUAGACCAUUAAAAGGGAUGGAGGUUCUCUGCUAAUCUUGAAGUCUACAGCAUAUUUUUGCAGAGGAAUCUGUGUCUUACUGAUUAAGUGUGGGAUUUCAAAGAAGCUCUAUUGAACUUUCAUGGUUGUCUUGCGCUUGUUAGUGUUUGUGCAGUCAGGGGUAACAAUGGGAGAUGUAUUAAUUCCCAUGCUCUACCUACCCUGCAGUCCUCUGAUUCAUGGGCUAAUGUCUUUUUUUGUUUUGUUUUUGCAUGUUGCCCUGGUCUGUUUAAUUUUGUCAAAUCAAGGUGAGAGCACUCUGCAUAAAGCAGCAGAUUUAAACUCUCUGGUAAUGGUGUAAAUCACGCUAAUAUUGUGUUAAUAUAAAUUCAUGUUCAGUUUGUAAAUGUUUUGUUAACUAGAAUAUUGGUUGAAUUCCGUCUGGACCAGCAAAAUUUGUGACACCCCUGAGUAUGUUCAGACAGCUUUAGAUCUUUGUUUUUCACUUGAAUUUACAGUAUAAUGGUUAUAUCACUGUUUAAAGUUGCUUACGGGUUUUUUAGCCGACAAAGUAUUCAAUUUUCGAACACCUGUUUGCUUUCUGAGCUAUAGAAACAUAUUUUGUUUUGGAAAAAGAUACAUUUCCCUAUUUAAAAAUGCAAUAAUUGAGAAAAGGAACAGAGUAGAGCCUUUAAUUUUAAGAUUUAGUAUAUAAAUUUACUAAAAUGAAUGAGAAUGGACAGAAGGCUUUGCUGGAUAGGAAGUGAAAAAAUAAACCAUUUGAGAAAAUGGUAAGGCAAAAUAAGUAAAAAUGAGCCUUAUAUAGAACAGCAGUUGUUGUUU